UUUUCGUCGUCUAUUUUUAUCAGGUACAUUGAAGCCGCAAACCGAUAAAUAAAUUUCUAUGAGAAUUGAAAUCAAGCAUAUCGUGUGUUUGUAGUUCAAUUUGUUUAUAAGAAAACAGAGAAAUAAAACGAUAUUAUAUUGUGAUCUCAAUCAUUGAUGGGAGAAUAAAAACCGAAAACUAUGUGUGAUUUUUAUCGUGUAUUGUUCUAAGCUGAAACGUAUUAAGAAAGUGCAUAAAAAAUUAGAAUUAGAUGUUUUAUACCAUUUCCAAUUUCGAUGACAUGGAAUCGUGUCAAAUACAUUUAUUUACAUGAACAUACGCGGAGGCCACAUCAAAACAUUUACUUAAAAUAUAGACGCAUUUAGUAUGUUUUUUUGCCAUUUAUAUCAAAACAAAUGAAAAUGGAAUUCUUAUCAUUGCCAUAAGUUGAUGCAUACAAAACAAAAAAAAGAAACAUCGGUCAACAAAAUUAAACACAUGAUGCAAAUGGGUUUCAGUUGCUUAAAAAUCCUUAUCCUCGAUUACUUGUAACUUGCGUUUCACUUAAUAUUUAUAUAUCUUAUCGUCAUUUUUAACGACGUUGUAUGUUUACGAUAGAGUGAAAUUGAAACAGCGAACAAAGCAAAACCGAUAAAAAACAAAAAUAAAAAUGUUUUUAAAAUGGUAUUUAAAGUCAUGGUUGCAUUUGUGGUUAGCGCUAAUAGCUAGCAAUACCUCAUCAGCGUUAACAACAACGUCGAAUCAAAACAGUAGUAGUAUCAAUGAUAGUAUUAAUCGUGUGAUAUCACCUAGUAUUCAAUAUGAUAGUUCAAGUAACAUUUCAUUAAAAUUCGAUGGGAAUCGUGGUCGAAGGGCGGCCGUUAUUCAAGCCGGACUAAGAUUGAUCGACGAGAAACAAUGUCCGGAAAUUCGAAAUUUAUGCACAAAUCUUCGUGAUGGUGCCGACGAUUUACCGGUACUUGAAUGCAUUCAAACAUUUCUAUCGAAUCAAAUAGAAAGUUUAUCCGAUGAAUGUCAGCAUGCGAUUUGGACGCAUACAGCAAAUAUGAUGAACGACGUAAAUGUAUUGCAAAUCAUUGAGAAACCAUGCCAAACCGUUUUGAAUUCGAUGGACGUUCAAGCGACCGAUGAAGUUGGUAACGUACUUGGAAAAUUAAUUGAUAAAAAGGGUGAUAUUCAACAACCGGCCUGUGCGAAUUUGAUUGGUCGCCUCGAAGCGGUUGCAUUUUCUGAUUUUCGUUUUGUAUCACCAUUUGUUCGUGAUUGUUCAAAUGACAUCGAGGUGAAUUCAUGCGGUCGAUUUCAUUUGGAUCGCAAUGUUCUGUCACAAGGCGAAACAUUGGCAUGUUUGCAAACGCACAUUGAAACAUUAAACGAUGAUUGUAAAAAGGGAAUUAUGCAUCUGUCCGAAUUACAAGCUGAUAAUGUAAAACUUGAUCGUCCGCUGUUUGCAGCAUGUGGUGAAGAUGUGGUUCGUCUAUGUGGUUCAGUUCGACCGGCUCAGAUUUACAAAUGUUUAUUGCUUCACAAAAAUGAUGGUCUAAUGUCACAUUCGUGCCAAGAACAAUUGGCCAGACGAUAUAAAAUCAUUGCACAUGAUUACAAAGUAUCAAAAGGUUUGGCACGAUCGUGCAAAGAAGAUAUCAAAAUAAAUCACUGUCGUCGCCGUGUUUCUGAAGAUAAAGAUGUGCGAUUGGCACAAAUUUUAUUGUGCCUUGAAGCGGCACAUAAAAACAAUACCAAAAUUUCGCCCGAAUGCUUGGCAGAGAUAUUUGAUCAUCGCAAAUUGCUUAUGGAAGAUUAUCAAAUGUCGCCGGAAAUUUUAAGCGAUUGUGCUGAUGAUAUAACCAAAUUUUGUAACGAUUUAGAAGCUGGCGGUGGUAAAACCAUUCAUUGUCUUAUGGAAAAUGCACGACCGAAGCGAAAAAAGGAUCGUCGAGUGACCUCACGAUGUCAACGAGCCUUGGAAAUGCUUAUGAAGGUAACCGAUAUCGGUGAAGAUUGGCGCGUUGAUCCAAUUCUACGCAAAGCAUGUAAACCGGUUGUGGAUGUCGCGUGCUCGGAAACGGAAGGUGGUGAUGCACGCGUUAUGUCUUGUUUAAAAGAGAAAAUUGGAACAAAGUACAUGAAACCCGACUGUGAAAUUGCACUUAAACAAAUUAAUUAUUUUGUGGUGCGAAACUUUAAACUUGAUCCACAAUUGUAUCGAAAUUGUAAAGAUGAUGCCAUUCGAAUUUGUCAUGCGAAAAAAACAUGGGCUGAUAUUAAUAUCGCCGAUCAAAUGGAACCAAAUCUUGAACCAUUGAUUUUUCCGUGUUUAUAUCGAUAUGCAUACAGCGCAGACAAGAAAGAACAACUGAAACCGGCUUGUUUGCAGGAAUUGAAGUUUACCAUGCGUCGUCGUGCGAUCUCGGUUGAGCUAAUUCCCGAAGUUGAAGAUGCGUGCAUCGAUGAUUUGGCGAAUUAUUGUUCGGAGAAAACUGGUAAAGGCGAAGAAAUGCAAUGUUUGCAAGACAAUUUGGGUAAGCUUCAAUCGGAUUGUAAAAAAGCGGUUACGGAAUUUACGGAAAAUGAAGGUGGUGACAUUGAAUUGAAUCCAAUAAUAAUGACGUAUUGUCGACAAGCGAUGGAUCGGUAUUGUGAAAAGGAAAGCCAUGAGAAUGGUGACAUGAUGGAAUGUUUGAUCGCACACAAAAAUGAGCCGGAUAUGCGUCAAAAUUUAAAAUGUCGAGCCGCACUGGAGCACUAUCAAAUAAUUUCGCUGCAAAACUACCAUUUUAGCUAUAAAUUUAAAGAGGCAUGCCGCCCAUAUGUUAUUCGAUUCUGUCCGAGUAGCAACACGAAAAACGAUGUUGUAGCUUGUUUAAGUGAGGUGAUUCGUAAUGAUACGCUGAAAAGCCAACGACAUUCGGUGUCGAAAGAAUGUCGCCAACAGAUUCGAGCCCAAUUGUUUCAACAACGCGAAAACAUUGACUUUGAUCCAAAGCUGAAAACUGCGUGUCGAACUGAAAUUAAGGAAAUUUGCGGCGAAACUCCACACGGUGGUGGUCAGGUUUUGGAAUGUCUACAAACGAACUCUGUACGCUUGGGUUCUGAAUGUCGUCAUGUGAUUUUCAGCGUGAAAAAGUCUGAACUAACCGAUAGUUCGACGGAUUAUACAUUGUUGAGUACGUGCCGUGAUAUGAUUCGACAGUAUUGUCACGAUACGGAAAAAUCAAAAGUAUUGGAUUGUUUGAAAGUGCAUAAGGAUGAAAUGCUAUUCGAUUCAAAUUGUCAUUUGAUUGUAAUCAAUCGCAUGAUUUCACAAAAUUCGGAUUUCCGAUUUAAUCCAUUACUACAAGAAGCAUGUAAAAAGAAUAUCGCCGAGUAUUGUACGAAAAUUGUGGCGACGGCCAAACAAAAUGAAGAGCUCAACGGAAAGGUUAUUGACUGUUUGAAGGCGAAAUUCCGUGAAGGAAAAUUAACACAAGUGUGUGAAGAGCGCAUGACCGAAGUGCUACAUGAACAAGCAUUGAAUUAUAAACUUAAUCCACUGCUGCAGACGGUAUGCAAACCAGAAAUUCAGAUAAUAUGUAAACCAAAUGACGAUGUUGAUGAGCGUGGCGAAGUUGAGGAAUGUCUGAAAAUGGCAUUUUUAAAUGGUCACAUCAUAAGCCAAGAGUGUAAAUUCGAAGUGGCAUUAUUGAUUCAAGAAGCCAAAGCUGAUAUUCAUGUGGAUCCAUUGUUGCAGAGAGCCUGCACCGUUGAUCUUUUGAAGUAUUGUUCAAGUGUCAAAAGUGGCAACGGACGACAACUCCAUUGUCUGCAAACAAUUUUAAAUGAUCAGUCGAAAGCAUUGGAGCCAGACUGUAAGUCAAAAUUAGAAAAACGAAUGGAGAUGUUUAAAAAUUCAGCCAUGUUGGUGCUGAAAGGUCCAGAAGAUUUUCAUGAACUUUACUCUCAGGUCGUGGCAUCGCCGUCGUUAAAAUACUUUUUAGUCAUGCUUAUGACAUUUAUUGGUUUCAUAUUCAUAAUUGGAAUGUUCUGUGGACGAAUCUCACGUCGUACAAUAGCCUUAAAAAAUAAAUAAAUAAAUCUUUCGACAUGGCAAUUUUCACAGAGAUAUAA